AAUAAAGGUAAAUAUUUUUUUAUUAUAAUUGCAGAACAGUUGCGACAAUGUUUUCUUUUUUGAUUUUGCUAAAAUUUUUAUUGAUUUCGUUUUCGGCGGAACUAGUUAAAUCGAGUGACCUCGAAUCACGUAUACUCUACGGAGAGACUGCGAAAAUAGAAGACUACCCGUUCUACGCUGGUCUUGAUAAUUGCGGUGCCGCCAUUAUCUCCAAUACGUGGAUUUUGACCGCUGCUCAUUGUGUCGAAAAUGUUAAAUCUUCGAAAAAGAAUUUCGUUUGGGUUGGCGGUGAAUCGUUCGCCAACAGUAUUAAAGUUCCAUACAACAAAGUCAUCAUACACGAAGAAUACCAAAAGAUGGAAGGAUUGCCAGUCCACGAUGUCGCCUUGAUCAAACUAUCUAAGCCUCUACAGUUCUCAAAAAAAGUCCAAGCAAUCAAACUACCGUCUAGACCGACGUCUAACUCCAGAGUAGUAUUCGUUGGUAGAGGAAAGGAUGAGACAGGAAAGUUAUCAAAACAUUUGCAGAAAGUCGAUCUUGUUAGGUUGACUACUGAACAGUGCAUUAGCUUAGUGCCGCAACAGUACCACAGCUACGUGCGGCAAAACAUAAAGUUGUUCGAGAAAAUGAACAUCUGUGCGAAGAGAGAAUCGGAUAAGCCGAGUAUUUGUCACGGUGACUCUGGCAGUCCGUUAUUCAGUGGAAAUACUUUAAUCGGUCUCGCUUCGUACAUUGGAAAACAAUGCUCUCAGGUGCGCUUGGGAUUCUACGUGAAUGUAGCAUCUUACAUGCCCUGGAUCAAGGCAGCUACUGGUCUUUAAUUAAAGAGAUUUCUUGUGUUCUUAAUGCAUAAUAUCUUCAUUUAUAUAGUUUAUAAUGUGUUUAUAAUUAUAUUCAAUUUAGUUAUAGUUAA